CCAACGCGCGACUGGCUGUCAACAGCGGCUUGCAGCGGCUCGCGAAGCCAUUCGCUUUUACCCAUGCGGCGAUCACCUUUCAGGAGGAUAGUCUAACAUACGGUGUUAACUUGAAGUGUCAUUGUUUUCAAAUUUUAUUACACACAGUCUGGGAAAUUAAUAAAUAAUCAUGGAGAUUGACAAGAGAUUGUUGAACGUAUUAAUCUUGAGUUUUGGAUUUAUGCUGGUGUUUACCGCGUUCCAAACAAUGGGAAAUAUCGAGAAAACCAUUCUGGACAGCAUAGCCAAGGACGACGACUCAUUUCACGGCAACGCCUACACAAGUUUAGCGAUAAUCUAUGCAGCAUUGGCAAUCUGCAAUUGGCUAGCCCCAUCCUUCAUCUCAAUGACGGGUCCUAGAAUAGCCAUUUUCGUAGGUUCCUGCUGUUACGCAUUCUUCAUAGCAACAUUCCUCCUUCCAAGCUCAGGCUUGCUCUACACAGCCUCGGCAAUUCUCGGUUUCGGAGGAUCUCUAGUCUGGACUGGACACGGUCAGUAUCUCACCGAGAACAGCGACUCGGAAACCAUGUCCAGGAACUCUGGCCUCUUCUGGGCGGUCUUUCAGUCGUCCAUGUUCACUGGAAAUUUAUUCGUGUAUUUCAUGUUCACGGACCCGGAGAUUGACGGUCCAACGAGGAAGAUCGUCUUCUGGGUCCUGACCAGCCUCGCAAUUGUUGGAGUUGCUGUGUUAGCGAUUCUCCGUAAGCCUCCACAGAGGCUGUCCCUUGGAGAGGCAGAAGGUGUCUCCAGUCAUGACAAAGAACUGGCAAUGCCGGAGCCUCGACGUCAAGCCGGCUGUGCUGCAGCUUGGAGUGCAUUCAGAGACGCUUUGAGUCUGUGCAUCACUCCGAAAAUGCUUCUCCUGUCAUUGACAUUUAUCUACACUGGUGUGGGAUUGACGUUCUUCUCAGGCAUUUAUUCAUCAAGCAUUGGUUUCACCGAGGCCAUGGGUGAGAAACGGAAGAGCCUCGUUGGCCUCUCUGGAAUUUGCAUUGGAGUGGGAGAGGUUCUUGGUGGUGCAAUCUUUGGAAUGCUGGCGUCAAGGGGUCCAAGUACUCUUGGAAAAUGCACAGGAUGGCCAGUGGUGGUGAUUGGAUUUUUUGUUACUCUAUUCGCCUACAUAUCUGCAUUUAUCAACCUACCCAACACUUCGCCAUUCAAGGAUACUAAUGACGAAGCGUACAUCGUACCCUCACCAAUACUGGCGAUGGCGGGCAGUUUGACGUUGGGAUUCGGUGAUGCUUGCUAUAAUACUCAGAUUUACUCACUACUUGGGGUGGUUUAUGCUAAAGACAGUGCUCCAGCUUUCGCGUUGUUCAAGUUUACUCAGUCGGUGGCUGCGGCCAUCAGUUUUGUAUAUAGUAAUCAUGUGGGUUUGCAUGGACAACUGUCUAUUCUCCUGGUAUCCAUGAUACUUGGGACUCUAGCUUUUGUUUAUAUCGAAAGAUGCCACUCGAGAAGGAAACUCGAAGCUGCAGAGGGCGAACCCAGAUUAGCAGAGAGCGUCAGUGUUGAGGAGUGAGUGAUACUCGUCAGUUAUCAUUGCAAUUGUAAUAGAGACUGUGAGUUCGUAUUGGAAAUUCGAGCAUUCUAGGUGGUCUGCUGGAAUGGAGUGGUAAUGAGAUAAGUGGGAUUUAUCUAUCAAUUUUUUCGCAUCUUCUCAAGAGCCACUUUGGGAAGAGUGGAUUUUAUCUUCUUACUUCAUUCCAUUCUUCAUUUGCCUGUUUUUCUCUUGACACCGUUAUUGCCAAUAAUGUGGACUUAUGACAUUUUUGACGAUAAUGUUGAUUCAUUUGACACAGUUCACCAUGAUGACCAAAGCCACUAAUCAAACUGUGUCAGGAGAUUCUAUAAUGCAAUUCGAUGAAAUACGAAAAUGUGCAAUCGCGACAGACCAUUCCAAUCUCCUGAGAUUGUACUUCCCCGAAAAUGAUCAAUUAAUUGUAAAUAAAGUGAAUUAAAUUUCGAAAUGAUAACGAUAGCGUACCUGAAAACAAAACGCUUGAAUGGAUUUUAAGAAUACUUUUUAGUAUUUACACACAUUUCAUAUCUCUUUAUCCCAUCUAUUCGCAUGGUUCAAUUUUAUUGCGAUCUUCUUUUCAGCCCCACACUUCUUAUCAAUUCAUAUCAUUGUGAUUUUAUCUACACCCGAAAAUUCUGAUUAACUAAUUGUACAAAUUUAUAUUUCUCGUAAUGACGACAUGAAUAUUGUUGAUGAUAUU